UGGUCGCUGAGCGCGCAGGACCAUUGGGCGAGCGCGCAGUGCGCACGGAGCUGAAGUGUUUUGUGGAGCGAUCAUAGACCGUCACAGACCGUCACACACCGAUAGAGCAAACAACAACAAGCUCCGCGGCGCAUGAGGCGAGCGGCGCACGCACAGCCGCUUUGGGGACGGACACUCGGACAUUUGGGGUGGUACGAUGGCCGCACACUUCACCAUCUCUGACAGUGAGUCGGAGGAGGUGGACGGAGUGGAGAAGGAGAUCAGACCUGCUCCAGGCUGUGAGAAGCACGGUGCCACAGAGCAGACCCAGAAGAAACACAAGCUAAAGUUAGAGCUACGAGAGACAGGCAGUGGCAGGAUCCGGCUCAGCUCAGAGUCCCAUGUGUCGGAGGACAGCAGGGCAGAGGAGGAGCUGGGCACCCCCACAGAGGGCUUCCCUUUCCGGGGACGCUCCAAGUCUGCACCCCCUGCUCUGUGGGCCGCCAAGAAGUAUGGCCAGCAGCUGCGCCGCAUGAGUGACGAGUUUGACAGCCUGCUGGACAGAGGGGAGAUGAAGAAGACCAGACCCAUCCACCAUUCCAAAACUUGGUGGAGCUACCUGUUCAGCCACCAGGAGAGCGAGGGGGAGAGCAACCACCACGAGUCCCACCGCACCGAGUAGAGCUGCCCUGGAGUCUGGACCCCGGAGCCUGGACCCUGCCCUGCCCAGUGCCCGGAGUAUGCCUGCUCUGGGUGCGCCCACAGGGGACUUAAAGAUCAUGAGGGGGGCCCUGAUCCAAACACGUGAUGAUAUUGACACACUAUAGCUGAAUCUUUUGUAUUGGUGUUGCUCACGCUGUGGGUUCUUUUGGGCAGCCACUGUGAAGUAGUGAAAGUGAGACUGGCAUGACGCUAGACUGUUGUGGUUCAGAUGUAUUCAGAUCAGAUCCAUGGACAGUCACACCCUCAUCCACACUAUGCACUGUGCCGGAGAGGAGAGGGACACGUAUCAGGAGGCUGUAUUUAACACUGGGAAUUAGCUUUUCUUUCAAAUCAUCUCUGCUAAACUGAUCCUGAACUCAUGCACUACGCUAACAUGCACGCAGAGAAAACCAAAUCUCCACCCUGCUCCGAUUACAACAGCAUUUCUAGUGCUAAGUCAUUUAAUUUUUUUAGUAGCACAACUGGAGAAUUCUGUUGGUGUUCCCCUAUUGAGUAUUGCUGCAUUUUUACCAUAGACUGUGUAUAUAGUGGACUUAGCUAGCCUGCUAACCACAGUGUUCCAAACAGGAAGUGAGCAUAAGACUCUGGCUCCAGUUCACUCUCUACUGAAAAAUGGAGUCCCAUCUCUCUGCGCCUGCUGCUGUCAGGUUAAUCACUUUGCUCUUAAAAUGUUCAUAUUAACCCACUCUACCUGAUCCUGGUGUUCUUAUGUCACUAUUUAAAACAAGACAUGAACAUUAAUAUCGGACCAAUCAGGUGCCUUCUUUCGCUAAGGUUGGAUCCAGCUAGCGUUUGCAGCAGGUUUGAUUGACAGCUAUAAUGCCUCAUUGCCAAGCCCCUUUCAAAGCAGCGGUGCGGGUGCGGUGGAGCAAGUACCUUCAACAACCUCGCUCCUUAUUGGCUCUUUGGUUGCUAUGAAACGCACACUCAUAUCUCCAGAUAUGGAACUCUUCUCCGCGCGAGUGGCCUCAGUCGGCCGGAGCCUAAAUCCACUAUAUACUGUACACUCAUACAGCAUACAGCCUAAUCUGGACAGGGCCAGAAACCGUGUAGACAAUCUUACUUGAGGUUUACUCAUUUUAGAUUCAAAUCAUGGUCCCUCCAGCCCAGAAAAGAUCAGUUCUCUGGAGAAGUCUGGCUAUAACCAAACAACAGCAAAUCUUAGUACUCUUGUGCAUGUAAACGUAGAGUUGGAGUGUGCCAAAGUGGUCAUAGGCCUUAAGCAAAAAUGAGGUGGAGAAAACAGAAAAAGCUAUUCCUAGUUUUUAAAGAUGCACUAUGUCAUUUUUUCUGAUAGAGAGUCAUCUGUUUCCUUGUAAACACAGAGAUGGUAUUGCUUUCCACAGCAUAAAUCUGUGGAGAGACAAAUAUACUCAGGUACUAUGCAUCUUAUUCAAAUGAAAAGGUCUGUGAAAUGGACUCUUAGAGAACAGCAAUUCCAGGGCUGAAAUUAUCAAAUGAUUCUAUUGAAGAUGUAUGAAGUUUAAAAACACAGGGAAGCACUUCCUGUAUUACCGCAUGACAUCACAAGGUGGAACAGAACACAACAGAACAAAACACAAAUCCAAGUGUGUUUUUGAUGAGAAAAGUAGCCUAAUAUGGGCCCUUUAAUUGCCAUACUGUGGAACAUUGUAGGUAAAGCAACAUCAUCUCCACUGAGACAAGCAGGUGGUGAAUUCCCCACUGAAAAAGCUUCAUAGUGCACCUUUAACCUUUAGUCUUCUACUCUGCUUCCAAUUCACCUGCAAAACCGAACCAGCUAACUGUAUCCGCCGCCAUUACUACUACUGCUUUAUAUCAAAUUUAUAUAAACGGAUGAACAAUCUUGUACAAGGACAAUCUCUGAUGCAGAAAUAACUUUUGUACUAAUUCAGGGUUAAAUGAUAUAUGAGGAAAUGACAGAUAACUAAAAGCACAUCUUUUUAAAGCUAUGUCGAAAAAAACAACAACUGUGGAAUCUAUGUGUUUUGUAAAUAUUGUGUUAUAUUUGAAAUGACAGGGAUGUGGGGGUUAGAAGUUUAUUUUAGCAGUUCCUCUAUGGCGAAGUCAGUGCGCCGAGUUAGCAAUAGGCUAAGUACAAUCCACCUCUGGGUUAGGUACUGAAGGAUGGACGGGGACUGGAGUCUUUGAGCCCAUUUCACCAGCCAAUGAGAAUGCAAGGACGUCACGUGAUGUCAUAACACUCCAAACAGGUUUGAAGAUGUUAUCAUUUCUGAUGGAGGGCAGGGACCUGUAAGACUCUAUGGCAGAUUCACCGUUUUGCAAAGAACUCUCCAAACUUGUUGAACAUGUUGAACCUUCUCAUUAUUUGUUUGGGAUUGGCUCCACACACGUGCCGUAUUCAUUUUAUGGUUAUAAAUCAUAAGAUAAAUGACACCACUUUCUGAAGCUAUUGUAAAGUAUAAUUACAAUUUAUUUAUUCAUUUCAACAGAGAAGACGCUGAACUUUGUGCCAGUUUUGGUUUCAUGUGGAUAGGCAGAGUAAUUGCAGAUAUAUGAAUCAUAAACCAGAUCAACAAAUCUGCAAUCUGAGAGUUACACAGCAAAUACAACCUGACAAUUCUGACCUAUUCAGUGGUUUCAAUGUCGUGUUCUAGGUUUUGAGGACACAUUCAAAAGAUAUAAUGUUUAGUUUUGAGCUGGUAUAAAGUUUUAUAUGCCCCCACCCUCCAUCUGAAAUGAUGACAUCAAAUUUUACAAUGCUGUAAGCGCAAUUUACUAUCAAAAUAUGUACAGAAUUUUUUAUAGUCUGUAGUUUCUAAGUGGUUUGGACAAAACCAGCUCUCAAAGUAAGCUGUGUGGGUGCUCUAUGAGUUCUGGUUGUACCUGUGUUUUGAGUACAAUCACUUGCAGCUUGUGGAGUCGUGUUGUGCUGUGAUCACGUGAUCGUGAAAGUGGUGCAGAUCUGUGAACAGUGUCUUACUGGAGUCUAUGGGCCAUGGAGCUGUGCACGGCAAACGCUGUCGUAUCUAGAUGAGUUUAAAUAACUAGAGUUCUCAAUUAUGAUAUCUUUAUUUCUGUAAUUCUGGAAAAAAGUACAGAUAUAUUAACAAGUGCUUGAAUUAAAGGCGCUGUGGCAGAUUUUUACUGUCUAAAAAUGUGAAACAGUUCAUCCUAAGUGGUUUGCAGUGGUCCAAAGUUAUUCCUCACUUACUUUAUGUAUUCAGAGCAUUCUGUUUAUUCCCCACUAAGAGUAUACACACUUUUCACAACUUUCCUGACCAGGGAGUAGUUUUGCCAUCACUGUAAGCCUAAUAACUAGCAACAGCAUACUAACGUGCACUUCCUGAUUAUCGGACAAAAAAAUACUCUCUAAUUAGAUGUAGACAGCAGACUUAUUUUAACCUUGUGAGCUGCUAAUACCAUAUGUGUACUGGGGCACACACAUUUUGCUCAAAUACAUGGGGGGAAAUCAGGUGCAGGGCCUUUAAUUGAGAAUUUGAUGACAGGAUUUUAUAUUUCGAGCCAUAUUUUGGUUCAAUUCUGACUUCAUCAUUUGGACUCAGACUAGAUAUUGUGUUUUUGCCGCAUUGUCUUUGCCUUUGUGUUAGAAUGUGGGGCUCUUGUGACAAUCUGCACUCCACCACUGUUAGCUAGUGUUGAAAAGUGAAAUGUGUCUUUUGAUUUGAAAAUGCAGUUGCCUAAAAGUUGUAGCUACACUUUUAUACAAUAGCACAUUUUCUUAAUUUUGUAACCACUUUUUCUAAUGCUAACUUUUCUACUCUUGUGACAAGCUAAUCCUAGAUGUUGAAGUUUUUGUACGACCUCUGACCUGUUCUGUGCUCACAUGCUGUACCCAACUACAAGCUUCAGUAGGAUUUAGUUAAAGGAGCUCUAAGAAGACCCUCCAUCUAAAAAUCUUCAACGGUGCUCCUUUAAUAUUAGGGAGAAGGGAUGCACAAUAUUUUGCAAAAUUGAUAAAGCAAUAUAUGUUAAUGCAGUAAUCCAUUCAUCCACAAUUUCACAGCUAAUAUUAAAGUUUUUCAGUUGAGAUUCACAUUUAGAAUUUUAUUUUAUUUUUUAUUUUUUGGCCAGAGGUGGGUAGUUACAUUUACUCAGUUAUUUGAGUAACUUUUUAAAGGAUUUGGACUUCUUUAGCAGCAUAUUUUACUCCUACUUGAGUAAUAUUUUUAUUGCAGUAACAGUACUCUUACUUACUUAGUAAAAGUUUUUGCUCCUCUUCCCACUGUGAGUAAGUCUACAAGUGACAAAAAGCUUUAUGUUUACAAUAUGAAAUUAUCUGAACAUCUGUUUCUUGCAGCUCCUUCAGAUGAUAUAGUUUGUCUCUUUCUGAUUACUAGUUCUGUCUCUUUUCAGAUUAAUUUUGCUUUAAAUUAUACAUAUCUUGACAGUUACUCUUUAAAUUACUCUUAGUAGUACGUUUCUUGACUCUUACUGUAGUCAUUUCUUAGACCAUCACUUUGUACUUCUACUUGAGUAAUAUUAUUUUGAUGUAACGGUACUCUUACUUGAGUAAAAUGUAUGGCUACUCUCCCCACAUCUGCCUUUUCAGUCAUCGUCUCACAUUUAUCAUGUAUCAGAUAUCAUAUUUUUCUCAUAUUGUGCAUCCCUAAUUUGUAUAAUAUUGUUUCUGAAUGCCUUCUACAAAUCAAGAUUGUUUUUAGAAUUUUUUAGACAUUUUUUCUUUUGUAUUUUAUGACCAACCCACAUUAUUUUGUGAUACAAUUUGUCAAAACCUUAAACAGCUCAGAACUCCCCGGAGCCUCAUUUGAACGACUACCGUGACUCAUGCUUUACUAGCCCAGACCUCGUCACAGCAGAAGGCUCUCAGUCUGCCUUCAGCACGUCUGAACUUGUUCUUAUCACCAGCCUUAACUCGCCAUGGCUGCAUUCACUCUUGUCCUGGUUGGACCCUGGUUUAGUCCUGAUAUAGACUUGGUUUGGUCCUGGUUUAGUCCACAUUUUGUUGUGCAAGUGUGAAGCAGCCUUGUACAGUCUUGACAAGCACAAGUGUGUGGGCUCUGAUGCAGUAGAGAAACCUGUUGUAGUGGAAAGACCUGCCGGGCACCUGCCUGGCAUCUGCUGGGCAUCAGCCUCUGCUAACUAACUUGGGAUUACUUGAAUAUGGAAUUGUGAGAGAGGAGCUCAGAUUUGAACAUGACUUUGUUGAUGGCUUUUGUUUUGUUCAACUUUUGUAAAUGUAUUUUCUACAGCUGUGAAACAUCUGAUUGUGCUGUCUUGAAUAAAUAAUUUUAAGAGUGCAA